AUGGCUCCAGCACACUUCGUUUUGGUGUUUACGUUAACUUUCCUUCUGUCUUCAGUAUUCAAAAUUCCUUCGAUGAGUCAUGAUUGUCAAAAAGCUGCUUGCAUUAUAAUAUCAGGAAAGCGUAAAUGUGGAAAGGAUUAUUUUGUGCACUUGCUUGCGAAGAAGUUGACUCUUAACGGCCUUUCAAACGUAGUUGUGCACUUGAGCUUACCCAUCAAGUCACACUUUGCGAAGACCCUUGAUUUGAGUUUAGACGAAUUGCUCUCCGGUGGGCCUUACAAGGAAACAUAUCGUAAAGAAAUGGUGUCUUGGGCUGAGAAUCAAAUGCUCGAUGAUCCCCAUAUAUUCGCACGCCAGUCACUGGAAAUGGCUAUGUCCUCAACUCCCAUGCUUCCAUCCGUCGUUAUUGUCGCGGAUGCUCGAAGGCCAAGUGAUUUGAGUUUUUUCUUCGGCCUAUGGGGCCGAUCUCGCUGCUUGUUACUCCGCAUUUGUGCUUCAGAAUCCGUGAGAGUGAAACGUGGUUGGGGAUUUACCGAAUCUAUUGAUAAUGCAACCACUGAAUGUGGACUGGACAUGGUGGCCGAUUGGGACCAUUUGGUGACUAAUGAUGAUGAGAAUUAUUCGCAUGACGAACUCCUGGACUCCAUUGUUAAACAAAUCUCCCGUAUCCUAACGGAACCAGAGUCGUGACAGCUUCGAGAGCGGUACUCCUGCUGCUCAUUUCGGGCGGGAUGAUGGUAACAAACUUGUGGUAGUUCACAGCCACAUCCGAUUUUUUUGAACUUUGGAUGAUGAACGUCUCGCUUCUCCUGCAAUAACGGAUGGAUUAAUAGCAGUAGCAUCAGUGUUUUACGGUCAUUUCUGGUGGCGAGGCCUUUAAAUCGGCCAUACCGUUUUAUUUGUACAUCUUUUUACAAUAUCGGCAUGGGUACAUUAGUUUUCUCGGAAUAUUUCAAUAUUGACUUUUUCAAACUAUUUCCAAUGUC